AUGUUCUUCCACCACUGGGCGUCCCAAGCGCUCCUAUUCGCCUCUACGGCACUAGCGUCAACUACAAGCUCUACAGACAUCUCGCCAAUCCACAUUGCCUCUAACAAAUUCUUCGACGAGGCCGGAACCCAGUUCUUCAUCAAGGGCAUAGCGUACCAGCGGCAGAUGCCAGGCUACGAGAACCAGCCGUUCCCAGAAAUCCAAAAGGGCUACAUCGACUCGCUCGCCCACCCCGAAAAGUGCCUUCCAGAUAUCGAGCUCCUCAAAGAACUCAACGUCAACACUAUCAGAGUGUACCAGAUAGACCCAGACCAGUCCCAUGAGACAUGUAUGCAUGCCUUGGCUCGCAACGGUAUCUACGUCUUGGUAGACCUUCUGGAGCCCAAGCAUGCGAUUAACCGAAACGACCCUUCGUGGCAUACCGAGCUUUUCCAGCACUUCCAGGCGGUUAUCGACAACAUGCACCGAUAUGAUAACGUACUAGGGUUUAUUGCGGGAAACGAGGUGGUGACUUCUUCCAGUGAUGCCCUGGCUGCUGCCUAUGUCAAGGCAGCCAUUCGCGACUCCAAGGCCUACCAGAGGCAGAAAGGGUACCGUCAGAUACCUAUUGGAUAUACCGCCAACGACGACGAAGAAACACGAAAAGAGGCUCUUCAGUAUUUCCAGUGUCCUAGUAAUAGCACUGACAGCGUGGCUGACUUUUACGGCAUCAACAUGUUUGAAUGGUGUGGGUAUUCUACGUUUGCAACCUCUGGGUUUAGAGCCAGAACGAGGGAGUUUUCGCAGCUGGCGGUGCCGGUAUUCCUCAGUGACGAGUUCGAUAGUCCUGAAUUGUCCAAAGAAAACCAGGCUUUAUUCAAGAAAGUGUGUGAAGUGGUGGACUGUUCAGCUGUCACUGGCGAUGGAGGAAGUGGAAAUGACGAGGUUGGCGUGGGCGCUACUGAAAGCUGA